AUGGGGGUCCCCUACUGCAUCAUCAAGGGAAAGGCCAGGCUGGGGCAGCUGGUCCAUAGGAAGACAUGCACCACUAUUGCCUUCACACAGGUUAAGUCGGAAGACAAGGGUGCUCUGGCCAAGCUGGUGGAAGUUAUUAGGACCAACUACAAUGACAGAUAUGAUGAGAUCCGCCGCCACUGGGGAGGCAACGUCCCAGGUCAUAAAUCGGUGGCUCAGACUGCCAAGCUGGAAAAGGCAAAAACCAAAGAACUUGCCACUAAACUGGGUUAA